AUGGAUGACGAGACGAUCGAGGAAGCUCCUACCGUUGUACAGUCGCAAGCAGCCGACGUCGAAAUCUCCGAUUGGACCUCCCGCAGUCGCCUGAAUGCUACUCGACCUGUGGGACGACUUCCUGCGGAGGUCCUGUCCCUCAUUUUCCUCAUAUAUGCGCUCGAGAGAAUACCUUCACUCUCCAUCGCGCGAAAAGCCCAGGGUCUUGUCUUGCGGGAGCAGGGCUCUGGCUGGCUCGACGUCACACAUGUGUGCCGCGCAUGGCGUCACGCCGCGCUAGGUUAUCCCGCUCUGUGGUCGUGUUGUGUCAUCCCCCUUGACUUGGGGCAAGAUUGGGCACGGGAAUUUCUCACGCGAUCGGGGACGACCACCCUCAGUGUGACCCUCGACAUAAGGGAUUUCAAGAGCCGGGCGGUUCCAACAUGGGUCCAGGACCUUCUACGGCCUCAUCUUCAUCGUACCGGUCAACUACAGAUCGCUUCCGGAGAAUGGUCAUCCCUCAGGACACUGGAUAAUAUCGGGGAUGCCGCCCUUCGUUUGAUCGAGGUCGACCUAUCAUUCGGCGAUUGCUAUACUCUUGUCCCUUCAUCCAAUGCAAUGCGUCUUCUGAAUGCUCCUAGUCUCGCCUCCAUUAGGCUUCAGAGACUGACUUGUGAUUUCUCAAGGGUCGCAUGGCCCAGUCUGCGCACACUGAACAUCCAGAGCUCAGACAUCAAUUCCAAGGAGAUAUUACAGGCGUUGAAUACUGCGCCUUUUCUGGAGGAUGUCUUCCUACAUAACGUUCUGUCCUCAUCUUCGGCACUCGAUCCCUCGCCACGGGUACCCCUUACCGCACUACGUCGACUCACAGUGAUGGGCGACGGACCGGGCGUCAUGACGGUAUGGAGGGGUUUGAUCUUGGCGCCUUCGGCUUCCGCGACUUUUGACAUGCAUCACUAUCCCAUGGAACAUGAAGAUGUCAUCGUGGAUGUAGACACCGUCCUACAUCUCAUCCGCGCGCACUCGGAGGCUGCCUUGACCGCAGGUCGAUCGCUUGUCAAAUGCAUGUUGAAGGUCGCAAGCGAUGUGUCGCUCUCGGCUUUCGACAGCUUCAACCGUGACGAUCCGUUCGACUCCGAGAUCAAUGAGAGCGAAUCGCAGUCCACCAUACUGCACGCUUUCAUACCAAUUUUCGCUUUGCCGGACGACACCGAUAUGACCUCGUUCACCCAGGCCAUUCCUCUCGGCGGUUGCGAAGUCUUGGAUCUUGACACAAACCAUCACGUGCUCUCACUCGUGAUCUCUCAUCCGUGCACUACGAACGCAUGGACCACCCUCAUACCACAGACCGAGUCUAUCAAGAUACUUCGCAUAUCCGGACCCGGCGCUUUCACUCUCGCCAAAGCUGCCGUCACCGGCCUGGAGCGUGGGACAUAUGAGACGCUAUUUCCUCAUCUUCAGGAUCUUUACCUAUACCGGAUCUCGUUCGCGGGCCAAUACCAGACAUUGACCGCGAACGAUACCCCAUCCUUCUGCGUCGCACUCCUCCUGUGGAUCAACUUGCGCAAUCGGUAUGGGCUCACGCCCAUCCGUAAGCUCGUCAUACGGGAGUGCAAUUUGUACUCCGAAUGGCUGGCUCCUCUGGAAGCAGUUGAGCAUUUGAUCGUUGACUGGGAUGGAAGUCCCGGUUCCUGUCGGGGGCAUUUGGACGAGGACGAGGAAUGA